AUGCCGGCCGACGAUGCUCCCGACGACGAAGACGAUCGCAUCCGUCAGAGCUACAACUUCGCUCCAGGCUACCACGGUCUGAUUUACCGCGCCGAGACCUCCGAUCGAGGAGGCGGCCAGCACGACGACGAGAACGAGGCUAGCGAGCCUAGCCCUAAGAAAGCCAAGCACACCCACUCUACCAUCCACGAAGUAGACGGCCUCGCGACGAACGAGACCAAAUACAAACUCCAAGCGGCGAAAUGGGGUCUAAUACCUUUCUGGACUAAGAGAGCACCAGACUACAGCUCCCAGCUCCGCACGAUCAAUUGCCGCGACGACUCGCUAGCCCAAAGCGGCGGGAUGUGGAAUACCAUGAAACAACGAAAACGCUGCAUCGUUGUCGCCGAAGGCUUCUACGAAUGGUUGAAGAAAGACGGCGGAAAGACAAAGAUUCCGCAUUUCACCAAGAGGAAGGAUGGCGGACUAAUGUGUUUUGCGGGAUUGUGGGAUUGUGUGCGGUAUGAGGGUGCCGAGGACAAGAUUUAUUCGUAUACCAUCAUUACUACGGACUCGAACCAACAAUUGAAUUUUCUCCAUGAUCGCAUGCCGGUUAUUGUUGAGCCGGGGAGUGAGCAGAUGAAAGCUUGGCUUGAUCCAAACCGAGUGGGGUGGGACAAGGAAUUACAGUCUAUGCUGAAGCCUUUCCUAGGUGAGCUGGAGUGCUAUCCGGUGGAUCAAGGAGUGGGAAAGGUGGGGAACAAUAGUCCGCUGUUUGUUGUGCCGGUUGAUAGUAAGGAGAAUAAGAAGAAUAUUGCGAAUUUCUUUGGGAAGCAGGAGGAGAAGGCGAAGGUGAAGGACGAGAAAGAGGAUGAGGUGGUGGAGACAAAGCUCAAGAACGAGGAUGAUGCGUUGGAAACGAGUAAAUUUGAGGAAAGUGAGGGCAAUGCGCCCUUACCUAAGCCGGUGAACGAGUCGGAGGAGCAGUUCGAGCAAGGAUUGAAGGUUGAGGAUGACGGAGUCGGAGACGAGGAGAUGGCCAAGGCAGCUGAUGAGGUUGUGGAGAAGGAUAUCAAGCACGAGGUGGAUCAGGUGGACGAUAAAGCAAUGCUGGAGGCGGUCGAGCAGGAGAAAAAACCCGCAGCUGCUGUCUCGCCCGCGAAGCGAAAAGCACCGAGCGCUUCUCCAAUCAAAAAUACACCUGCGAGUAAGAGAGUGCGGAGUGCUACGCAGAAUACGCCAAGGACGAAGACGCCGGACGAGAAGGGAAAUUCUAGGAUUACAGCGUUCUUUGGGAAGUGA